AUGACUCGAGCAAGAGAUGUUCGCGAUCAGCUUGUUGGUCUCUGUGAACGUGCUGAAGUAGAAUUAAAACCAAAUCCAAACUCGGGUGACUUAUUAUUGCCUAUUCAAAAAGUAAUUGAGCAUCGUUUUGACAUUAAACGAAAUAUAGAAUUUUAUCAAAAAGUCAAAUACGGAGAUCCGGGAAGAACGAUAUAUGUUCAUCCAAGUAGUUCAUUAUUUCAAGUAAAUCCGAAAUGGGUUCUCUUUUAUGAAUUGGUUCUCACGAGUAAAGAAUAUAUGCGUCAAAUAAUGGAAAUUCAACCUGAGUGGUUAUUAGAAGCUGCACCUUAUUAUUAUUCAAAAACGGAAUUAGAUGCUUUAGAUGAGAAAAAGAAAAUGCCAAAGAAUCGUCAAGCUGCACAGACUUCGGGAAUCGAACCUACUGGGAAAAGAAAUCCCAAACCAUUAGGAAGUUUUGGUGACCCGGAAACUAGAGAUCCGAAGAUAACUA